AUGCCCGAGCUUUUCACUCCAGAAUAUUCAAAUGAGCUAUUGCAGUUUAUACAGGAGAUUUACUCGCAAGAUAUUGCGCAUUUUUACCCGAGGCUGAGGCUCGAAAAGAUGCUAGAUCUGUUAGAACAUGCCGAGUACUUGUUUGAAUCCUAUCGAACGUUUCUGCAGAAAAGCCAGACGGACGAUGCUCUGACAGCUUACGUGGUUGGGUGCUUUUACAUUUAUCUGAUCAUCCCGCAUUCGAUACAAUUUCACUCCCGAGACAAGUCUUAUGGUAUCUACACCGAUUUACAGAAAUACUAUCGAGAAGAAGCAAACAUGACAAAUGUUUUGCUAAUGGUAACUAAAAAGAUUGAGAAACUAACGAAAGUCGAGGCUGAGGGUCGACAAUAUGCCACCAUCAAUAGGAGGAGGGCAUACUCUGUCCCCCCUAAAAGUUUAGAGCAGCAGCUCGAAUCGUUUUCCAUGGGUACUAAAAAUGCUCCUGCUCAGCACAUGAAAAGAAUAUCCAGUAUCGAGGACAACUCCACCAUGUGGAGGGCGCCUGAUAUAACUCCUAACGACCAAUUGGAGAUUGCAGUGGCGACUGUGGGCUCUUCCAAUUCUUCGAUUCAAAAUUCACAAGCAAGCCAUAAAGCUCUAACAUCGUUAGGAAAUUCAUUGGACAAGUUUGAAGGUCCUCCUUCUGGAAUGACCAAAAUACGACACGAAAGCACCCCAACUUUUUCUUUAAACGACGAACUUUCCGCUGUGGACGAAGCAAUCAACACCGUUCGUCCUCAGGAUGUUGAUCGCUAUGAAACGCAUAGAAAGGACUCAUACCACUCCGUGUAUAUGACGAAUGACGAUGGUAAUGAUGACUCGCUAUUUAAUUUGACGAGAUUACAGAAACAAUCACUGAUCACUUGCGAUCAGCUCAUGGAUAUUCUCAAUAGUAACCUCAAGCAUUCUCUAUUGCUCAUUGACCUUCGACUACCAAGGCGGUUUGAAAGCAAUCACCUCGUGGCACCUAAUACAAUCAAUUUCAAUCCCCAAUUUCUGUGGGAUUUUAAAAACAACCAGCCAGUGGACUCCGAUAGGCAGUUGAAUGAUCAAUUGAAAUCUGACCUUUUUAAAAACAGAUCUCAUUUUCGUGACAUCGUGUAUUACACCGAUAUGAAAAGCUUUUUGCACUUUGACUUUGACUAUCAAUUAUCUCUAUUCAAAAUUCUUUACACUUCUUCGGCCAGGCUUAGAUGUGUUCCGAGAGUACUGUUAGGUGGUUAUGAACAGUGGAAAAAGUUCAUAGGGGCUUAUUCUGCCAAGCACAAUGUGCCGAAAGAGUUGUUUCUUUAUAGAUCUUCGUCAACUUCUCAUUCAAAGUCGGCGCCACCACCCGUACCGUCAAGCAUGCCACCCCCCUUGCCUCCAGGAGCGGCACCUUCUUUGCCCUCUCAGCCUGCUCCAGAUCUACCUCCUCCAGAUCUACCAGCAAAAGGGCCCAUCUCAAAGUUGGCUUCGAAACCUCAAAAACCUGUCCAUUCAAUCCAUUCCUUGCCACCGCAGACACCGCAGGCGCCCGACCAUUCCACCGCCUUGCAUUCAACUGCCGACUCCUCGCAUCUGCCGGUACUUGCCAACAGGGAACACGCCUCGGUACCCACAAUCGAAAGAAGCCGUAACACAUAUGUGGCUCUUUCUAUCACUGGCUUGAGAAAUCUUGGAAGUACUUGCUACAUCAAUAGUAUGUUGCAAUGCCUUUUUGCUACCAAAACUUUGAGAGAAUUAUUCGUGACUUCAAAAUAUCAAGACUAUCUUACACCCUCCAAAAAACAUGAUCAUCCUUUGUCGAAAUCUCUAAAUCAGCUUUUCAAAAAGAUGUACAUGAAUGGAGGGUGUUCUGUCGUACCCAAUGGAUUUUUGAAAACUUGUAAUUCUCUAAGACCUGAUCUAAGAAUACCCAACGAUCAGCAGGAUACUCAAGAAUUUUUAUUGUUUCUACUAAGUCAGCUGCAUGAUGAACUUUCGGACUCGCAAAAGGUUGGAUCGGACUAUCCGCAACUUUUGUUACAUGAUGACGAAAAACUCUGUGUGGAUUCAAAAGAAUACAACAAAUGGUUUGACUCCAAUCUUCAAGAAAACGGAAUUUCACCCAUCGAUCGGAUUUUUCAAGGCCAAAUGGAAAAUUCUCUGCAAUGUCAGCGUUGUGGAUACUGCUCAUACAAUUAUUCCAUCUUUUACGUUCUGUCGCUGGCCAUCCCAGCUAGCACUAACGCGCUAGGUAAGAGCAAGAAGGUGAGAUUAGAGGAUUGCAUCAACCUUUUCACUAAUGAUGAAGAGCUCAAAGGGGAGAACGCAUGGGACUGUCCCAAAUGUGGGUCAGCGGUAAGUCAAGAAGAUAACAAAAAACGAAAGAGAAGAUUUUUGAGCUCUGAACACAGACAAGGUACGCGCGCUAGCAGAUUUUUUCAAUUGCGUUCAAAAAAUCGUAAUAGAUCAGUAUCACCAUAUGCAUACUCUGGGGCAUCCGAGAAGUGGACUUCACGGAGACUCAGUACUAUAAAGACCUUGAACUUUAUCACCUUACCACCUGUACUUGUGAUUCAUCUCUCAAGGUUCUAUUAUGAUCUCACGAAAAAAAAUAGCGCGGUAAUCACUUAUCCAUUGAUUCUGAGCAUCGAAUUGAAGAAUGGAGCCCUCGUUCAUUAUCGACUUUAUGCGAUCGUGAAUCAUUUUGGUAAUCUGAUCAGCGGGCAUUAUACCUCACUUGUCAAUAAGAAUCUGAAGCAUGAGAUCAGACGUGGUGAACAAAAGUGGUAUUACUUCGAUGACGAAAUUGUCAAAAAGGAUGAUAACCACGGAGAUUAUGAUGCAGGCAUCAUAAGUGUCUCUAGUAGCGAUGUCUAUGUUCUCUUUUACGAGCAAAUAACAAUCGGAUAG